GAAACAAUUAAAGUAUAUGUGAAAACACUGAAUGGGACAAAAAUUUCGUGCCACAUCAAACCCUCUGCUAAAAUUGAGGAAUUAAAAUACAUGAUCCGUUCAAAGGAAGACAUCCCAGUAGACCAACAACGUUUGAUUUUUGCCGGUAGACAGCUGGAAGAUAUAAAAACUUUAGAAGACUACAACAUUCAAAAUGAGCGCACUGUGAACCUUGUACUGCGAUUGAGGGGAGGAGCAAUUAUAAAUUUAUCACCUUCACUGUUGGACGAGCAAUUUCAUUACAAUUACACCGACAUUUCUGAUAACGGAGCAGAGUUUUUUAGAGGAGGAUCGAUCUACAUACGCCCGUGCGGAUGGCAACGAUACGCUUUAAAAGUCAAAGGAAAGUACCCGGACGAUAUUUGGCUAGAAGGGAAAACACCUCGGGCUGACCAAUACUCUUCCGCUGAAGACGAAUGGCCAGUGUCCUACCACGGAACUUCUUACCACAACGGACUUUCAAUUGCUAGCGAAGGAUUUAAAUUGAGUAAAGGAACGCGUUUCAAGCACGGCAAAGGAAUUUACUCGACUCCUGAAAUAGAGGUGGCGGCCCAAUAUGCUGAGGAAGCAACGGUCAAUGGGAAAAUUUAUAAAGUUGUCAUGCAAAAUCGUGUCAACCCCAAAAAUUUGAAAAAAGUUGACAAAGCUGAAACUGGUGUGGGCGAAUAUUGGAUCUCACCCAGUGACGAAGACAUUCGCCCAUAUGGUUUUUGUAUUCGAGAAAUUAACUGAGAGAUCAAAUAAACGGCUAAGAUGA